AUGUACCCAGUGCUCCGGCUGUAUCUCAAGACGGCCAGAGCCCACCUUUGUCUCUACAUCUGCAUGAUUGUCAUGCCGGUCGUUGUGAUGGCCGCUGUCGCGCUCUUCUUCUCGUUCGAGGAUAGACUGCAAAGCCCUAGCAGCGGCCUAGGCGAAGGGACUCUCCCGCGCCUCCCGUUGUGCAGGGACCUGCCUGGUUGCACGAGCCAGACCGUGUACCUUGCAUUCUCCCCCGACACGAUCGAAGCGCGCCGGGUCGUUGACAGACUCGCCCAACAGAACGGAUUAGAGUCGGAGCGGAUUGUUGCCGUAAAAGACCGCGCAACGAUGCAGAGGCUUGUGGCCGGGAAGAAUCUCGGCCCGAGCUUUGUCGAUGACGUGAUUGCGGCCAACCUGGGAGAGACGGUGCGGGGGCACCUCCUAGGCGCCGAUGGCUCCCUUGCUUCAAUCCUCACCCCGCGGGAGGUCCUUGCAGACAGGGGCGUCGUUGCAGAGAUGCUUGACACAGCGUAUGGGCUUAAUGACAGAACCCUGGAUGCGUUCGAUGACGAGUGGGCCGCGAGCAUGGGACCGGCCGACAGCGUCUUCCUCGCGCUCGACCUAAACAUCUCAAACCGGGAAGCGUCAGACAUCCCGCAGGCCGUCCAGUACUCGCUCUGGUACAGCCAGGAGAUGAUGACCUGGUACGCUGUCAAACACCCUAGUCCACGGACAAGGUCCUCAACGCCUAACUCGUACGCCAUGUCGUAUGUGUGGAGCCCGGUGUCCUUCAGCAUUUUCGAGGCGAUUCACAACGCCCUGACGGAAACCUUUAUUGGCAAAACCAUUUCGUACAGCCUGGGAGAGUAUCCGUUGCAAGGCUCGACGACCACCCUUGCUGGGAUGCAGGCGUACAUGAUUCUCCAGCUUUCUAUCUUCCUCGAGUGCAUCCUGACCCUCAUCUUCGCAGCGCACUUUCGCGGGCCCUUUCAGACCACGCUCCGCCGAUUGGGUGUCUCGGAGUUCUGCAUGUACGGGUUCACGUUUGGCACACUUUUGAUCGCCAACCUCUUGGCAUACGGACUUCUCUUUGGUGCUGGCUCGCUCUUCAAGUUGUUUCCCUUCUCGAGCUACACUCCUUCUCUUAACGCCCUUGUCAGCAUCACCUUCGCCCUCAUCACCACCGCCUCCGUGCUGCUCCUGCACAUGCUCUUCUACAACACGUCGGUGGCAAUUGCCUUUGGGACGGUGGCCCUGAUUCUGCUCGUGGCGUUCCCCUUCCUGAUCCUCCUCGAGCAACCAGACUACCCCACGAUCUGGACACAACUUGCUAUUCCAACCUGGCUGACAAAGGUCUUCUACGUCCUGUUUCCUCCCCUGGGGCUCGUUGCCAUCUGCGACAUGAUGAUAACGUUGAGACCGGAGCGUAUGCUGACUCUUCUUGUUGGACAGAGCGCCAGCACGUACGGCCUUGAGCUCCUGUUUAAUGACAUAGAUGGAUAUCAUUCAAAGCACUUUUCGUGUCUAGGUACAAUAUUUAUUGGUGUAUCUGAGUGUACUUUUCAGCUUCCUUACCUUGGAUCUCUUGUCGUCACGUCCCUGGUUCAGAGCACCCUAGCUCUUCCGCUGUUAACUCUGGUUCUCCUCUUCUGCAAGCAUGAGCCAGGCUCACAAGGACUUCCCCUCAGCUUCCUCUGCAGCCGCAAGUUCUACCGUACAAGGCGCCCCAAGGACAACCCGGAGUUCCCCUUUCUGUCUGUCUCAGGGCUUCGGAAGACAUACCGUAAGGCAAAGAGAUGCACGGUCGUCAAGGAGGAGGCGCUGUGCGGGCUGGACUUGCACCUUGAGCAGGGAGAGGUCACGGGCCUCGUCGCGACAAGCGGCGGGGGAAAGUCCACAGCCCUGGGGAUCAUGGCUGGCGAACUGGCGCCCUCCGGCGGGCAGUGCGCAGGGCUCGGGCACGAUCUCCUCUGUCCGUACACCGCACGGUCCCUGCGGGGGUUCAUCUCGCUCUGUCCCCAGGAAUGGAACAACAUCUGGAUCAACCUCACUGUCAGGGAGAACGUUCUUCUGUGCGCAGAGAUCCGGGCCAGGGUCACGGGCCGCCUCGGCGAGCUCCAGCACAGAAGCGAGUCUCUCGACGGAUACGUCGACGAACUCCUGAAGCGCCUCGGGUUGCACGACCACGCGCACAAGCAGGCGUCUGCCCUGUCUGGGGGGAUGCUUCGUCGCCUGGCCCUUGCAAACGCAACGGCGGGAGGUCCGCGGCUGAUACUUCUCGACGAGAUUACGGUGGGCGUGGACCCGAUCCUGAAGCGCCAGAUCUGGGCGUACGUUCGCGCACUGGUCACAGAAGGCGCCGCAGCAGUCCUGUCCUCCCACGACGCCAACGAGAUAGCAGAGCUAGCCACUCGCGUUGUCGUGCUCAAGGCCGGUCGGACGCAGGCCGAUGCCCCUGUCGUGCAACUCCUUGAGGAGCAUGGAGACUACGUGGUCUCAGUGACGUCGGAAAGCCGCGACGCCAUUUCACGAGUAGCGCUGCUGCUCUCGACGGAGCUAGGGACUCUGCUCGGAGUUGGCGCUAAAGAGCUAGGUGUUACAAUGGACCCACGGCGUGCCAGCAUAUCCAUCCCUGCAGCACUAGUCCCAGAUGCACAUGCUCUGGCGGGUCUGAUACAGCACUGCCGCGCCUUCGAGAAACGAGAGGGCGUCCAGGUUGCCGUCUCACGGGCCCGGCUGGAGGAUGUCUUCGAGCACCUGCUGGAUGGCGAAGACGACGCGCAGCCGGAGCCUCUGCGCUCAGUAACUCUGGACGAGGACAGAAAGCCCUCCGUGACGCGCCACCUGCUGCUCCUCUUCCUCUCCCUGGACCUUCAAGAGCACUGCAGAAGCUUUGUUUCCAUACUUGCUGCACUGACCGCCCUGUUUGUGCUAAUUUGGAUGGGGGUCCAUUAUACUCUUACUAGCGUCAAAAGUGCUAUUGAGUUGGUAGAGGCAGCGCAACUUAGCGAGUGGUCUCUGUCGUGCCUUGCUGACUGCAUCAACACCAAUCCCGAUGCAGACCCCUUGCUGACAGACGCCAAUGUCACAACUGAAAACGUAAGCGAGUUUUUGAAGGCCAACCCAGGAGUCGAUGCCCUUCAGGUCAUGGAGCGCUGCCUGGUGAAGCGUCCUCGGCGACUCUUCGAGCCAAUGCUUCAGUAUCCAAAUGGAUUCUCCGCCUGUCUUAGCUACAUGAAUCGCUUGGGCCUCGACACAUAUCGCUACGAUUACUUGACCGUUGGAGAUCGUCAGACAGGAUCCCUGGGAACCAACGAGACACAGUUCAGUUGGUACUACAUUGGCGUAGUAGGUGACGCCUCGAAGGUCGAGACCUCAGACAGCGUAUCAUUGAGCCUGUCUCUGGACGACCCUCUUAUAGCAAGCUCUCCAACGGGAGGGCUUGACUAUUAUGUCGCAAACGAGCCCCAGCAGAUCUCUUUCUCUCCCCAGAACUUUGGGGAUGUGUGGAGGAGGGGCGUGGAGGCAGGCCUCAGACACCCCUUGGACUCCGAUGACCUGUUCUCGCUUGUGGCCCCCCGCAUGACUGUACCUCAGUAUCUUCGCAGUGACACAUCUCCGCCCCCGAAGGAUACAGAGAAUCGCACACUUCUGCUUGAGGAGACAAUUCUUCGCCAACCCACGGCAAGUGACUUCUUCGAGGGGAUUACGUCCACAAUUGGCAGUACAUUUACCAAGCCAGACUGCUUCGAUUCACAGCCGGCUGUACAAGCACGUGUGGUUCGCAGGGUGUUCAGAAGCAUCCCUGCGGUUAUCUUUCAACCAGGCCAGCACGAGGCAGGCAGUGCGUUGCUUCUUAAGAUGUAUGCUAUGCUUCCUCCUCUCGGGCCACAACGCAAGGCCUAUCGUGAUUGGGUCAUUACCUUUACUCCAUCGAAAGAGCGGGCCGAUACGCCAGCAUAUACUUCGAAAUAUUUCAUCCCUACUUUGUUUCAAUAUCUGUACAAAUAUCCUAACAAUGCCAUUGAUAUCACGAAAACCGAUCGUGUCAGAUUCACAUUCACGACGAUUGGGGCGGAUGCGAUGGCCAAGAUGACCGGCGCUCUCUUCCGUCAGCACCUCGUAGAGUCUCUUCGGGACACGCUCGGCGUAGAGGAGGCGUGGCGCCAAGGGACAGAAUUCACCUAUGACGGGUCCGUGAUGAGUAUCCCUAGGCGGUAUCUGAACAGAGAUCUCAUAUUCGAAACUCCGGGGGCAGCCCUGCAAUCGAUGGAGAUAAUGAGUGACUACUACUUAGUGUUCCUCUUAUUGCUAGGAAGCGUUAUCGUAGCCGGUCGCGCUGCCCGGGAAUUUCAGCAGCGCACCGUGACCCUUCUUCACCUCCACGGGGCCUCUGAAAUGCGCGUUGUCAUGGUUCUUAUCCUGUACUUCAGCAUCUGGACCAUCAUCCCCACAAUACUGAUUGCAGCGGCCUUGACAGCACUCUUUAAGGACGCCUUCUUCAUCCACGGUCCUGCAGUGGCCGCUGUCGCAUAUACCUGCCUGGGAAUGAUAGCUCUUUCCAGCGUGUUCAAUGCAGUCCUAGUGGCCGUGCUCCUUCGCUCUCAGCAGAACGCCAUGCUGACCGUGGUUCUCCAGAUCCUCGUCGCUGUCUUUGUCUCCGGCUCUCUCAGGGCCGAGGGAGCAGUGGCCGCCGUCCUGGGCCUUCUGGCUCCCGGCGCGGGGUACAUGCCCGUGCUGCGAAACGCCAUAGGACUUAGCCGCAUUAGCUGGGGGUCUCUUGCCCUCUCGUUUCUGAUAUCGCUGCUAGAGGUGCUUGCCUCGCUUGGCGUGCUGCUGCUCAGGAAGAUUCGGGUCCGCCAGAGGAUCAAAGACAGGACCCCUGACGGAUCAGAUUCAGAGGAGUCUGGACUGCUGAGCGGGCUAUCAGAAACAACUUCCAUGACCAGCCUCAAUUUGGAGAGGAAGGAUGCACCUCCCGGACACCCUGACAACCACCUCAGCGUGCAGGGGAUCUCGCACAGCUAUCGCAAGGGCGUCCACGCGCUCGACAACGCCUCGUUUUCGGUGCCGGCGGGGAGCAUCUUCGCCCUGCUCGGCGCCAACGGGGCCGGGAAGUCCACGAUGAUGCACGCCCUGACCGGAGUCCUGAGGCCGACUGCUGGAAGCGCUCUCUGCGUGCGUAACGAGGCCGACAGCAGAUGGGUUGACCUCUUCCGGCGGGUCCACCACAGCCGGUACAUCACAGUUGUUCCCCAGCACGACCUUUACUGGCCGCAGCUCACGGUCCGCGACCACGUGAAGAUCAUCCGAGGGCUCACGCCCAGGGCACUUCGGCCAAACAUCAAGUCGACGGACCACGUGCUCCGCCUGGUGGGGCUGGCCGAGCACGCCAACAAGAGGGCCGGUGCGCUCUCGGGCGGGAUGCGGCGGCGCCUCACGCUCGCGAUGGUCCUAGUUUCGUCUCCCUCGCUCAUCUGCCUCGACGAGGCGACGACGAGCUUCUCGGGGCGCCUGAGGAAGCGGGUCUGGGACGCCAUUCUUGCCAGCAAGGGCGUCAACAAGACGCUCAUCGUCACGAGCCACGACAUGGCCGAGGUGGAGGCCCUGGCAGACACAUGCUGCGUCCUCCGGAAGGGCCGGGUCAUCGCCAGCGGGUCUGUCGACGAUCUCUCUGCACAGAGCCGCGUGGCCUACACGCUCACCGUCGCGUGCGGAUCAUUAGAGGCGUUCGACGCCUACCUUGCUGGCCCCCACAAGUGCGCCUGUGAACUCUCUGGUGGGCUGCUUGCAAACGCCGAAGUCAACAGCGUUGCACGGCUAGUCAAGUACAGGAUCCCUCAAGGUGUGGACCUCGAGACGGCCAUCUCCUCUCUGUCCUCGGCCGGGUGCCUAACGCACGCCUGGGCGCUGACGCAUGCACGCCUGGAGGAGGCGUUCGUUGAUCUAACAGGGUGCUAA